AGAAAGAAAUAUGAUUAUAACUUACAUUUUGCUCUUUAUCUUUUUACAGGAAAUUUCAUCAAAUGAACAUCAAGAUGAUCUACUUAAAAGAAUAAGCAAUAUAGAAAUCAACAUUAUGAACGAACAGUCGGAUCGACACAAUGAGCUUUCGUUUUUAAAGACAGAACUAGAGAAUACAAAGAUUUCAUUAACAGACAAAGUGAAUCUCCAGGCCAGUAGGAUUUCUGCACUUGAGUUUAUGUUACAACAGAAGAAACCGGAAUGCAAAGGGAAACGAACAAAAGACCUAACUCCGGUAGGAUUUUACGCAUAUAUGUCAACGGAUAAGUACAACCCUGGAAAAAGCUCUAAGCUGAACUUUGACCAUGUCGUCUUCAAUGGUAACGGUUCCUACGAUUCCGCGGAAGGUACAUUCAAAGCUAAGACCAGAGGAGUGUAUAUCUUCUCCUAUUCCAUAGUGGCGUCCGCUAACUCCGACAUUCCUACAGAGAUUGUGAAGGACGGAAUUGUAAUCGGUUCAACAUUUUCAAAUAGCUAUUUUGGUUACGCAGCAACUUCUUCCACUACUGUUGUUGUUUACAUGGAGGAAAAUGAAAGUUGCUUUAUUCGAACGAGUUCUACAGCUGACGUUACUGGGAGUAUAUACAGUACCACCUUGGGUCGAACAUCAUUUGCUGGAUGGCUUCUGCAAGUCGCAAAAUAAUAAUAAUGUAACGAAGAAUGUUUUACUUAUUCAUGUUUUUUUACAAUAUUAAAGGUGUAAUAAUUACA